CUCCACACACAUGCACACACACACACACACACACACACACACACACACUCAGACAUACUGCAAACUCUCCACAGGAAACUCUGAGCCAUAAUGCGAAGGCACCUCAGAGCAGACGGGUGCAUUGCUCAAACCAAGUGGGAUAUGGUGCGGCUUUGAUAGUGCGUUAAUUACUCAUGUGAUGUGAUACAGAUGUCUUGGGGCUUCAGCCGAAAGUUUGCCUGACGGUUUCCAAGGGGGCCAGGCAGACAUUUUAGAAGAGUGAUAUCGUGGGACAGUCUUUCAAUCAGUGAAAUCAAAGCAUUGAAUGUGUUCCAUAAUGGGCAUCCCGGCUGUACAUAUGUUGGUGCUAAUGGCCUGUAUGGCAGCCAGAGGAAUGUGCCAGAUAAACAGAGCUGACGCAGAGACGGGUUCUUUCGACCAUUCCACCCAGUCUCCAGGUUUCUACAGCACCAUCAGCCUCAGUACGGGGUCUGGCAUCCAACCUGGGGUCCCAGAAGCUAAUGCACAAGUCGUUGGAUCAGCAAAUGAAUCUGUCAUAAAGAGGCCAGUUCCACCACCAAUGUGCACUUCACCCACUACCAUUAGGAACUACUUUAAGUACAUCAACACCAUCAUCUCCAUUACAGUGUUUGUGAUCGGCCUGAUUGGGAAUGCCACCCUGCUUAGGAUUAUAUACCAGCACAAGUGCAUGAGGAACGGGCCAAACGCUCUCAUUGCCAGUCUGGCAUUGGGAGACCUUAUCUACAUAAUCGUUGUUAUACCCAUGGCCAUAUACAAGCUCCUGGUGAUAAAAUGGCCUUUUGCCGACACUACUUUUGGCUUGUGUCUGUGUAAGAUGGUGCCCUUCCUGCAGAAAGCCUCUGUGGGCAUCACCGUUCUCAACUUGUGUGCUCUCAGCGUGGACAGGUACAGGGCCGUGGCAUCCUGGAGCAGAGUUCAGGGAGUGGGCAUCCCUCUGUUGACAGUCAUUGAGAUUGUGUCUGUCUGGGUGCUGUCAUUCUUUCUGGCAGUACCAGAGGCUAUUGGCUACGACAUAAUCUCCCAUACCUACAGGAACCAGAGCAUGCGCACCUGCAUGCUUAACCCGAAGAGUGACUUCAUGGUGUUCUACAGGGAUGCAAAGGACUGGUGGCUGUUCGGCUUCUACUUUUGCGUACCACUGAUCUGCACCGCUGUGUUCUACACCCUGAUGACCUGUGAGAUGCUUAACCACAGGAAUGGCAGCCUUCGGAUUGCACUCAGUGAGCACCUCAAACAGAGGAGGGAAGUGGCCAAAGCUGUCUUCUGCCUCGUCCUCAUCUUUGCCCUCUGCUGGUUCCCACUGCACCUCAGCAGGCUCCUUAAGAAAAAAGUUUACUCCGAGAGAGAUCCGUUGCGUUGUGAGCUGCUUAAUUUCCUGCUGGUCCUGGAUUUUCUUGGUAUCAACAUGGCAACAAUCAACUCCUGCAUAAACCCCAUAAUCCUCUACUUUGUCAGCAAGAAGUUUAAAAACUGCUUCAAGUCGUGUUUGUGUUGCUGGUGUUUCUCUGACAACCAGCUGAGCAGCAUCGGACCCAUGAAUGGUACCAGUAUCCAGUGUAAAAGCCCCGAACCAAACAACCUCCAUACUGAUCGCAGCAUCAGGAAAGACAGCGACUGAUCUCUUGUGGGGAUUCUGAGGAUUGUUUCCACUGCUCUUCCAUAUACCCAGCAGCUUUUUUUAAAAUGCAACCAUCGCUCACCCUGAAAUAUAAACAUCAAAAAGACAAUAAAUGCACAUCCUUAGGACCACUGAAACAACAUAUAAGCCUAGCAGAGAUGGAUUAGGAAGUGGACUUGAAAGGAACAAACAAUGGAUUUGGUGUACAUUUCUGUGAAGUUGCCCAGUCCUCUCAGCGGGUAAAACUUCCUUAAACAAACUCCUCGUAUUCCCACACCCACAGAUAGUGACGCUGUAGCGUGAGACAAGGAGGGGGAGAGUGGGAUAAAGAGGAGGAGGAGGACUCUUAAACAGGAUGCAGCUGAACAGUGACUAUAAAUUACUUUCAAUCGGUAGCUGAGCAUGCUAUUCCUGUAAAGGGCAACACUACUGGGAAGGAUGCACAAAGCUACAGGAAGGAAAAAGCAGACUGCCUGCUGUCAGAGGGAAUGAUGGAAAAUGAGUAUGCGCUGUCCCCAGGAGCUCACUACUCGUUGGCUGUGGAAAACAGGAAAGCAUGUUACUGACUCGAGCAACAAUUAAUUUUCCAUAAAAGUGGUGGUGCAGUGUAUUUUAUUUUACUCACACUCGUGGUAUAAUCAGAAGAAUGUUCUAAAGUUCAUUUUCUUCAUGUUUGACAAAAACAUUCUGUAAUUCAUCAGGAAAAAAAUGAAAACAAAAAGGAUGCAUUCCUACACUGGCCGAAAACAUUUCUGCGUAAUGUAAUUAUGAUCCACAGGCCUUCAAACUUAUAGUUAGCAGUCCAAAAAUGAAAUAAUCAUAUCUGGUGUCCGAAUAAGCCAAAAUACACUGGCACAAAAGCAAGUGCAGGGUUGUAGGUUUCAGAGUGGAUAAGGUUCAUGUCUGUAUUUUCAUAGUCAAGCAAAGGAUAUAUGAAGUAAUGCAUUAUGACAGGUCUGAUAUAACCACAGUCCAAAUAUGGACAGGAAUUAGCUUUUUUUUCUUCUAAAUACUGUGAAUUUUAUCAGAUAUAACCAACAAUAAUUGUGACUCUUAUGCUUGUAUAACCUAUGGAAUAUAUCCACUUUUAUAAAGUGUUAUUAUUGCAGUAACAAUUUGUAUUUUAUUUUACUACAUUACCUGUGUAAUGACAGAGGCAAAUGAGUUUUAACGGUGGUCAUAAAUGCUCCAAAUAUAAAUGGAUUCGUUUGAAAUGUUGGAAUAUAUUCUUCUCUUGCCAAGAGUUAGAUGAGUAAACCAUAGACAGUAACAAACGUAAA